CCGCCCGGGCUGCCAUGGCCAUUCCCGGCAUCCCCUAUGAGCGACGGCUUCUCAUCAUGGCGGACCCUAGAGAUAAGGCGCUUCAGGACUACCGCAAGAAGCUGCUGGAGCACAAGGAGAUUGACGGCCGUCUUAAGGAGCUAAGGGAACAAUUGAAAGAACUUACCAAGCAGUAUGAAAAGUCUGAAAAUGAUCUAAAGGCACUACAAAGCGUUGGGCAGAUUGUGGGUGAAGUGCUUAAACAGUUAACAGAAGAAAAAUUCAUUGUUAAAGCAACAAAUGGACCAAGAUAUGUCGUGGGUUGUCGUCGGCAGCUUGAUAAAAGUAAGCUGAAGCCAGGAACCAGAGUUGCUUUGGAUAUGACCACACUAACCAUCAUGAGGUAUUUGCCGAGAGAGGUGGACCCAUUGGUCUACAACAUGUCUCAUGAGGACCCUGGAAACGUUUCUUACUCUGAGAUUGGAGGGCUGUCAGAACAGAUUCGGGAGUUAAGAGAGGUAAUAGAAUUACCUCUUACAAAUCCAGAAUUAUUCCAGCGUGUAGGAAUAAUACCUCCAAAAGGGUGUUUGCUGUAUGGACCACCAGGCACGGGGAAAACACUCUUGGCACGAGCUGUUGCCAGCCAGCUGGACUGCAACUUCCUGAAGGUUGUAUCUAGUUCUAUUGUAGACAAGUACAUUGGUGAAAGCGCUCGUUUGAUUAGAGAAAUGUUUAACUAUGCCAGGGACCACCAGCCGUGCAUCAUUUUCAUGGAUGAAAUAGAUGCUAUUGGUGGGCGUCGGUUUUCUGAGGGUACAUCAGCUGACAGAGAGAUUCAGAGAACUUUAAUGGAGUUACUAAAUCAAAUGGAUGGAUUUGAUACUCUGCAUAGAGUUAAAAUGAUCAUGGCUACAAACAGACCAGAUACAUUGGAUCCUGCUUUGCUGCGUCCAGGAAGAUUAGAUAGAAAAAUACAUAUUGAUUUACCAAAUGAACAAGCAAGAUUAGAUAUAUUGAAAAUCCACGCAGGCCCUAUUACAAAGCAUGGUGAAAUAGAUUAUGAAGCAAUUGUAAAGCUUUCAGAUGGUUUCAAUGGCGCAGACCUGAGAAAUGUUUGUACUGAAGCAGGUAUGUUUGCAAUUCGUGCCGAUCAUGAUUUUGUAGUUCAGGAAGACUUCAUGAAGGCAGUCAGAAAAGUGGCGGAUUCUAAGAAGCUGGAGUCUAAACUGGACUACAAACCUGUGUAGUUUACUAUGAGGCUUCUGGUGGCUGCGUGACAGACAUUGGCUUAAUGUAAAAAUAAAGUCAAGGGAAAUU